AGCUCAGCAGCCAGUCUCCACCACGAACCCCGCCGCGUCGAACCUAAAUAAUUACUCCCCGGGAAAAGAUCGCGCAAACAAUUUACUCGUAUAUAAAUAAUUACAAACUCAAGCCAUUGUCCGAGCUGCCGUUAUACUACACGGUGCCGGUUCGAAUAAAUGUUUGGAUAUAUCCGAAGGACGUAAACAGUUGAUAUCCUUAGACGGGCGAUAUUUACACACUUUAAGUUUUUUCUCACACACCAUCGCGGCCGAAGACGUUGUUCGUCAUCGACACACGUAUUUAUACUCAUUAUCUGUGUACUCGCCUACUGUAGUGACAUGGUGUUGGCACAAUUUUCACUCGUGCUUACGUGAUACAAAAACUUGACGGAUAUUCUAAUACUACUAUAUAAAUACGUGAUAUAUAUUUUUGUCAAUGUGUAAACGCGUCGAACAGUGAACGGUGGAUUUGAUGUCAACGAAUACAGAGUAUCAAGAAGACUGAUUUUGUGAAAAGUGACGUAAUAUAAAAGUUUUUGUGUCGCGUGGGCUCGAAGACUUGGAACAGGUACAAACGGUCAGAGAAAGUUGAAAAACCCGAGAGGAAUAUUACAAAUCAACGUUCGGAAAUGUGCGUCGAGUCGUCGCCGGGACGAGUUUGACGAACCAAAAAAGAAUAAAGAAAGAAAAAUAGAGGGGUGGAUAGAUUUGGUUCGUUGUUAGUUUGAUAUAUACCAAGCGAGACACGCGUCUCGGGUAACGGCUUCAAAAUUUUGCUCCACGGUAGCUCGGUGAUAAUGAAGAAUGAGUCGGAGGGUGGUCCAAACGUCCUGCAGGAAUCUCACGGGGCGGGAGGAAGCGCCGUUAAUUCGGGAAGGACUGGAAGCCAGAGCCUCCAAGAGUCGUUGAUAAGCCCGUUAUCCCAGGUGAGCCAGUCGACGGAGGCGCCCCGCAAGCCUGGAGCACGUCGUCAGGAGAAACCGCCUUAUUCGUACAUCGCGUUGAUAGUGAUGGCGAUCCAAUCGAGUCCGGGAAAGCGACUGACACUGUCGGAGAUUUACACCUUCCUCCAACAACGGUUCCCAUUCUUCCGCGGGGCUUACCAAGGCUGGAAGAACUCGGUAAGACACAACCUGAGCCUGAACGAGUGCUUCAUAAAACUUCCCAAGGGUCUCGGUCGGCCGGGAAAAGGGCACUACUGGACCAUCGAUCCGGCGAGCGAGUUCAUGUUCGAGGAAGGAAGCUUCCGGCGACGUCCCCGCGGCUUCCGGCGAAAGUGCCAGGCCCUGAAACCACAGUACCCUCAAUACUUCGCGACGGCGACUCCCGUCGGUGUCCAGAAUCCCGGUUACGAGGGAUCUCUGGCUGCGGCUGCGGCGGCCGGAGCCGGAGCCGACUACGUUAAUGGGUACCAGAACCAGUACCAGAACUACCAAGACUACGCGAUGUACGGUCCGACUACCGGCAUGACGGCGGAUUGGGGCUACGCCGAGACGCCUUACAAGACGCCGAUCGCCGAGGUCACCUACAAGACGACCGAGGUCACCUACAAGACCGGGGACCACUUGUACAAGAACAACGAGGCGCUUUACACCCGGGGAAACGAGGGCGGCGUUGGGGUAACCUUCAAGACCGAAGUGCCCUACCGAAACGGCACCGAUCUUGCCGCAUACAAGACCGAGGACGCCGAGAUGUCAUUCAAGGGUAACGACUCCGAUCAGAUAAUGUACCCCAAGAGCAACAACAACUCCACGGGAUCGAACCCCUCGACACCGAACCCGGCCCACCAUCACCAGGACUACUACCCUGCCCCGAUAUACAACAUCCAAGGUUCCGUCCAGCAGGGGUCAUCCUCGAGCGGCGGAUCCUCGUCUGGACUCGGGGUCUCUCACCCCCACAACCACACGCAACACUCUCACCCCCAUUCCCAUGGACAUUCGCACUCGCAUUCGCACUCGCACUCUCAGCCGCAGCCAGCCUCCAGCCCGAUUGCAAAUUCUAGCUCGAAUUCAACUCACAGCGGAUGCCAGACUCCGGUCGGCGUUGGAAUCGCCGGUUCAUCAAACUCCGCAACCUCCGUAGUAGCCAGUACCCACAACACGGAUCAUCACGGUAUGCGAAUGCAGUGUUCAAGCUCAAGCUCAAGCAGUUCGGGGGGUGGUUUGGUCGAGAGGAAAUCGUACCUUCCGCCACCGCCGUCUUCGGUCCCCUUGAGUUCUUUGAGCUCGCUGAAUUCCCUGAGUUCGCUGGGCGCCCUGAGUCUGGGUAACCUGGGUAACCUGGGAAACCUUGGCGGCCUCGGAAACUCGGUUGGCAGCCUAAACGUUCCCACCUCGGUAACGAACAUGAGCAUCGGGGCGAAUAACAUCGCUCACACCUCGACGCCACCUCCGACAACGAUGUACUACGAUCAGCUUAAGUACCAAAUGUGAAGAAGCACCUGAAGCGGUUCACAAGCUGGCCGCAACGGCUUAAGUUAAUCGCAUAUGUAUAAUAUACAGGGUAUUCCAAUACCACUUCGACCUAGGUCCGACCAUUGACCUCUCGGAUUGGACCUGCGAUUUUUCGUACGAUUGUUCUCACUGUGAAAGG